GGUUGCGGAUGGAUAUGUGACACCGAAUGACUGGGUUCAUAACAUUAGACUGCUCACUACUGCCUAUAGUAUACUAGUACUCUGAUGUCAUGAUGGAUCUUAAUGAGACAAACAGCACCGUUUCGACUGCAUCCUUUUACGUGGCUUACGGCGUCCAGGGGAUCAUUUCUGUCAUAGGACUGCUGGCGAACGCUUUCAUCAUCUUCCUCAUCGGACGGUAUCCGGCCGUCAGAAGCGUCGCCAACGUGUACGUAGGGAACCUGGCCGCGGCUGACUUCGGCUUCUGCCUGUACAGCUUGGUACAGACGCCGUUGUCGGUGCUAGAGGAAGACCCGAGCAGGGGUACCGAGAACGACUCGCUAAGCUACCUCAGAGGGUGUGACGUCGGCCGCGUCCUUGCCGUCCUCUUGGCGUCAGCGAGCGUCUUCCACCUGACGGCCAUCGCGGUGGAGCGUCACCACGCCGUCACCAGGCCGCUGGACCACCUGCAGCACAGCACGGUGAGGAAAGCCCUGAGGACGUGCCUUGUCCUCUGGGCGGCAUCCCUUCUCACGGCCGCGCUCGAUACAGUCGUGCGAAACGUCAUCACUCAAAACUGGAACUUCACCACUGAGAGCCUCUUUGAAUGCGUUUAUCUGAAACAUCUUGACUCAAGUGGCACGAAUUCGCUGCUUAUCCUGGCUAUUGUUAUAUUUGUGAUUAUAUAUGUAAUACCAGCUUGUGUGAUGGUACCGUUAUACAUCCGGGUACUUCGGGAAGUCCGACAGUCCAACAGGUUUGCCGCAAGGGAUGACGGGCAGGUUGCCCGGAUGUUGGUCGUCGUCACGGUCUUCUUCCUGGUCUGCUGGCUUCCGUUCCACGUCACUUCCGUUGUCAUCGCGUCCUCUGGUUACCGUGGCGACGAGGAGGCCCUGCACGCGUGCUGGGCGUUCGGAUUGGUCAACUCCGCGGCGAACCCUUUUCUGUACGCGCUUUUGGGACGAAAGUUCCGCGGACAGAUAGAGGUACUGUUAGGCAGCGUCAGUCCUUGCAGAAAGGAAGAGAAGCAGAGACAAAGCACCAGUGUAGAUGCAACUUCUUCCCAGUUUGAAACAACAUACUUAUAG